AUGGCUUCACACGGCUUUUGGUCUCUGGGCGCAGAACCCGGCGGAGACAGCGGCGGUCAAAGCCCCGUCACGGCCAGGGCUUGGUGCCAAGCGGCAGCUCAGAAAUUCACCGGAGGCAUCGGAUCCAAAUUAUGUGCGCUGCUGAAUGUUGGAGAGGUGGAGAAGAGCGCGGAUGGAGCUGAGAAACGGGAAACGGAAACCUGCAGCUGCAACACCAAACCCUGUACCUGCUCCAAAACACACCUGGGCUUCUCCGAGCUCUACUCUACAGAUCUUCUCCCCGCGUUAGACGGAGACCUGAAGACCAUGACUUUCCUGCAGGAGGUGGUGAACAUUCUGCUGGCCUACGUCGUGGAGUCUUUCGACAGGUCGACCAAAGUGAUUGAUUUCCAUUAUCCCAACGAGCUGCUGCAGAGGAACAACUGGGAGUUGUCGGAUGAGCCCGAAACCCUGGAUGAUAUUCUGAUCAGCUGCCGCGCCACGCUCAAAUACGCCAUCAAAACAGCUCAUCCCAGGUACUUCAACCAGCUCUCCACUGGAUUAGACAUGGUCGGCCUCGCUGCUGACUGGCUCACAUCCACUGCCAACACCAACAUGUUUACUUAUGAGGUGGCUCCUGUGUUUGUCCUGCUGGAAUACGUCACGCUGAAGAAGAUGAGAGAGAUCAUUGGUUGGGAGGAUGGCCGCGGGGAUGGCAUCUUCUCACCUGGUGGCGCCAUUUCUAACAUGUAUGCCAUGUUGCUGGCUCGCUACAAGAUGUUUCCUGAAGUCAAAGAGAAAGGAAUGUCAUCAGUGCCCAAGCUGGUGGCCUUCACAUCCGAGCAUAGUCAUUUCUCCAUCAAGAAGGGAGCUGCAGCUCUGGGAAUAGGAACAGAGAGUGUGAUUUGUAUCAAAGCUGAUGAGAGGGGAAAGUUGAUCCCUUCUGACCUGGAGAGGAGGAUAGUGGAGGCCAAGCAGAAGGGUUAUGUACCAUUCUUUGUCAGUGCCACAGCGGGAACAACCGUGUAUGGAGCAUUUGAUCCUCUGAUCGCCAUCUCAGACAUCUGUAAGAAGUAUAAUGUUUGGAUGCACGUGGAUGGCGCCUGGGGUGGGAGUCUGCUCAUGUCCCGGAAACACAGGUGGAAGCUCAACGGAGUCGAGAGGGCGAACUCCAUGACGUGGAACCCCCAUAAGAUGAUGGCCGUGCCCCUGCAGUGCUCGGCGCUGCUCGUCAGAGAGGAGGGUUUGAUGCAGAGCUGUAACCAGAUGCAGGCGUGUUACUUGUUCCAGCAGGACAAACACUACGAUCUGAGCUAUGACACCGGGGACAAGGCUCUGCAGUGUGGGCGCCACGUUGACAUCUUCAAACUGUGGCUCAUGUGGAGAGCGAAGGGCACUAUUGGCUUCGAGGCUCAGAUAGAUAAAUGUCUGGAGUUGUCUGAAUAUCUCUACAACAAGAUCAAGGACAGAGAAGGGUACAAGAUGGUGUUUGAUGGAAAGCCUCAACACACCAACGUGUGUUUCUGGUACCUUCCGCCUGGCCUGCGCUACCUGGAAGACAAAGUGGAAAAGAUGAAGCGUCUCCACAAGGUUGCUCCAAUGAUCAAAGCUCGGAUGAUGGAGUAUGGGACGACCAUGGUGAGCUACCAGCCGCAAGGAGACAAAGUCAACUUCUUCCGCAUGGUCAUCUCCAACCCGGCCGCCACCUUCGAGGACAUUGACUUCCUCAUCGAAGAGAUCGAGCGACUCGGACAGGACCUGUAA